AUGAAUACCACCGCUGCACCUCCUUCACCAGCAGAUCAUCAAACACAUCGAAUACACUCCACACAACUCCUCCAGUCGCGUGAAACCGGCGAACUAGGUCCUCCACAAUCCAAUUAUGCUACUUCGAUAGCACCAAGGCCUUCGCCCGUGGCCAAGUCAUGGGCACAUUUUGUAGCUGGAGGAAUAGGGGGAAUGGCAGCAGCAACUUUGACUGCUCCUCUCGAUGUUCUCAAGACCCGCCUCCAGUCUGAUUUCUACCAAGCACAGUUAGCACAAAGCCGUCUCGCGAAAGGCAUCUCUCCACAUGCACAUCUCUCCCCUGUCCGCAGCGCCAUACUGCAUUUCCGCGAGACCUUCCAGAUCCUAGGUUCGGUGCACAGAGUUGAAGGCUGGCGAGCCCUCUUCAAGGGGUUGGGCCCAAAUCUAAUCGGCGUGGUGCCGGCGCGGUCAAUCAACUUCUUCGUGGUGGGAAAUGGGAAGCGGCUCAUUGCUGAAUAUGGAAACCACGGAGAGGAAUCUGCUUGGGUUGUUCUGUGUGCUGCCGCUCUAGCAGGCAUUGUGACAUCUACAGCCACGAAUCCGAUCUGGUUGAUCAAGACGAGGCUACAAUUGGAUAAGAACAUUGUGGAGAAGACCGGAGGCACAGCAACGCGGAGAUAUAAGAACUCGUGGGAUUGCAUCAAACAAGUUGUGAAACAGGAGGGCUUCAGGGGCUUAUACAAGGGGAUGAGCGCGAGUUACUUGGGGGUCACGGAAAGUACUCUGCAGUGGGUGCUCUACGAGCAAAUGAAGAAGUCCUUGGAGAGGCGCGAGCAACAUAUCCUGUCCAGUGGGCGGCCGAAGAAUGCGUGGGACAAUAUUGUGGAGUGGACUGGAAAUAUAGUAGCUGCUGGGAGUGCAAAACUCGUUGCCGCUCUAGGGACUUAUCCCCACGAGGUCGUCCGCACUCGACUUCGUCAAGCACCCACCGAAAGCGGCCAUCCCAAAUAUACCGGCCUUGUCCAGUGUUUCAGGCUGGUCUGGAAAGAGGAAGGCAUGGCCGCCUUGUACGGAGGUCUCACGCCUCACCUUUUGAGGACAGUUCCCAGCGCCGCAAUCAUGUUCGGAAUGUAUGAGGGGAUCUUAAAGUUGCUACAUGCGCCAUCAUAG